GCUGAGGUACUGAGCAGUCACAGUCUGGGGGCAGCUGGGGACAGCUGGGCCAGGAAGAAGAGGUUUGUGACGAGGCAGGUGGAAGGCUGGACUGAUUGGCACAAUGGAGACCCCACAAUCAGUCGGGGGAGCACUGGGAACUAGAUGCCGACACUCGUCUUGCCCAGGGUGGCUCCCCAAGUGACAGAGCUGCCUGUUGUGCCUUCUGUCAGCUGGGAGGGCUGGGCCCAUGGGAGUGGCUCUUUCCUACAGGCCAGACACAGGCCAGGGAGUGGGGUCCAGGCUUGAGAGCCCAAGACCCAAUUGAAGCCUCUUUUUUUUCCUAUAGUUCUGGGUUUGGGAGCCAAACAGCUUCCCCUCGACCUCCUGAAUCCCCUGGCAGUUUCCCAGUCACGGCAGGUUCUGCUGCCAGAGCCAUUUAUAACUCCCAUUCCAGGCUCUGCUCUCAGUGGGGCUCCCUGGAGAGCGGGGGGAGGGGCAGCUGGCUGCUGGAAGCAGUGGCCCUGGGUAGGAGGCCCUGACCCGAAGCCUUGGGAGACAGAGAGACCUGCAGAUCAGUUUGUUAGGGAUAGGGGCCCCGAGACUUCUCUGAGCCAUCUCCCAAGCAAUUUGCUUCUCUUCUGUGUGACCUUCCUGUGAGUCUGGGACCAGUCCCUUGGAUGGGGCCUCAUAGAGCUGAGUCCCUGAUGAGCAGGCAGGAGGAGAAGGAUGCAGAACUGGACCGCAGGAUAAUUGCUCUGCGCAAGAAGAACCAGGCCUUGCUGCGCAGGUACCAGGAGAUCCAAGAAGACCGUCGGCAGGCAGAGCAGGGCGGCAUGGCUGUGACUGCGCCAGAACUCCUCCUGCCAGACAGCCUCACUGUCACCAUCAGCCAGGUUCCUGGUGAGAAACGGGUCGUCAGCAGGAACUGGAUAAGGAGCCGCCCUGGACCUGGAGUGGCUAAUGAGGUACCUGAAGGUGAGGAUGGAGAGGACCACGGGGGUACUUUCUGCUUGGGGAGGCGAGUGGAACUGGCUGUGACCAUGGAAAACAAAGCCAAGGCGAAACGGAUCGUGAGUGAGAAGCCCACUAGACCAAGGAGCCAGGGUGCAGAUGGGUCACCUGGAGGAGGCUGGGCCCAGAGCCCCCCCAUGCACAAGACCGUCAGCUCAGAUUCUGGUUGGAAGGGUGCUCGGGAACCCCGGAGUCCAGGCGUGGUCUCAGGCCCAGAACCCCAGUGGCCAGUGGGGGAGGCCCCGGAGACCAUGGGCUGGGACUAUGCCCAAUGGAAGCAGGAGCGGGAGCAGAUUGACCUGGCCCGCCUCGCCCGGCACAGAGAUGCACAGGGUGACUGGCGCCGCCCGUGGGACCUGGACAAGGCCAAGCCCACGCUACAGGACUGCAGCAAGCCUUGGCAUGAGGGUCCAGCUAGGGUGGGCAGCAGAAAGGGUUUUAAGUGUCAACGAAAGCUACAGACCCCACUGUUGUCCCCUGAUGGAAAAGGUCGGGGUGGACAGCCUGGCAGACCUUCAGUGGUGCCGGCCCCAGGCAGCAAACCCCAGGGGAAGGAGAGGCUGACUGGCAGAGCCCGAAGGUGGGAAACAAAGGAAGAUGAGGAGGAGCUACAGAGUCAUGAGGGAAGCCAGAGCACCAGAAAGCCUUCCGGGGCAAAGGAGGAGCACGCACAGAAGCAGAGUGACACAGAGUUGGGUGGACUGGAGGGGAACCAGGCGACCAGCCCAGCCCUGGCCUCGCUAGAGGGGCCAAAAGAGGAGUCAGGAGACUUGACAGCCAGCCCAUCCCCUGGCUCUCCACGAAACACUGACCUGGCUCCCCUUGACCUCUCUCUAGGGGGAGCCAGAAGCCCCCAGUCUGGAGAGAGUACAUGUGUGCUCAGUCCAGGGCCUGGGCCCCCAGAAAGCCCAGUAUCCCUGCCGGAUAACUCCCAGCAGCAGCCUCUGGAGGGUAAUGACCGCCAGUCUGGGCCAGAAGUCCAGGUUUUCUCUGGGCCAGAGAAAGGAGCAGGGGCCUUAAAUCCCAGAGGGGUCAAGGCUGGCAAAUCUGGGACUCAGCAGAGCCUGGCUCCAAGAAGCAAGCCCCCCAGAGGAACCAGCCAAAGAGUGAGAGGCACAGGUGUGAGGAGCAGGACAGGGGGGCCUGGCCCUUAGGGAAGAUGCCGAGCAUGGCUCAAAGGAGCUGGGAGCUGUGGUGGUGGGGAGGAGGAGAGACUCGGUCAGGAGUCCUCUGUAUGAUGGGUGUGUGGCUGCUGGUGGCUUGUGCCAGCCUGGCUGAGCAAUGUGGCGAACCCCCCAACAGGGCUGCCCCCUUCCCGCAUCUCACCUGUGUGCCCCUGUGCACAUGCAGGCUCAGGCACUGGCCUGUCCUAUGCUGACACCAAGUAUCUAAGGCUGGCUCCCUGACCUGUUCCCACUGCUGCCCAGGGUCAUGAGCCUUUUCCACCAAGGUGAUAGAGCAGAACUCAGUAGCCACAGCACCUGGUUUCCCUGGCUACCCAUCAUGUGGCCCUCUCCAGCUGCAGGUUGCUGCCUCCUCAAGUCCAGGCAGGCUCACAGCAGGCAUGGUCAGCCCAUGCCCCUGCCUCUCACAAAGGUGACUCAGUCUCAGAUUCCCAGGAUGGCCAAGCCUACCAGCCUCUUACUACUCCUAGAGAGGACACAGAGGGCCAUUUGGCAGACACUGGGCGGGGAGCAGAAUAGAAGAGGAGACUGUGUCAAAAGGAAGGUGUUUGGAGAGGCCUCCUCUCUGAAAUAGGGCAGGCUGGGGAGGGGACCCAUGGCUGGUGGCAGGGCUCAUCAGCAGACACUCUCCUCCUCCAUGCCAGGUCAGAGACCAUGUGCACCCAGAAGGGAGACGAGGGCCUGGCUCUGCUGCCCAGGGUAAUUUCUUUUCCUCUCCUCCUCCUCCUUCCCCUACCUCCUGCACCAAGGCUGUGCCAAACUGAGGAAUCAGACACAGAGACUCAAGAGACAGAUGACACUGACUCCAGCUAAGCAGGAGAUCAGGUCUUAUCUUUUCUACUUAGUCUCCACCCCUACCCCACCCCCGGCCCAUGUCUGGUGAAUUAUCCAGACUUGGCACAAGCUGUGGCUUCCUUUCAAUUCAACAAACAUUUCCUGAGCACCCUCUACCAGUAAUCAAGCCAGUGGGUGAUGGUGGCUUUGCCAACAAGAGGGAGGGAAGAGAUCCAGUCAUAGGCAGCUCUAGGCUGAACAGCAGGCGCUGUUCUUGGCUGCAGCCGCCUGACAGCUCUGAGAGUAGGACAGUGACAGGAGCCAGAGGGGAAACAGCCAUCUCUGCUUGGUGGAGGUAGCGGCUCCUCUUUCACGUGACCCAAGGCCUUGCCUCGACCUCAGCACAUGGCUCUUUCUGCUCCCUUCUUCUCUGGCCCUGGAUGGGUCUUCCUCGGAGUGGACCUCACAGGCCCUCUGAGACUCUAAGGAGAAUCCAGAUUGUCCCCAGGAUGUCACUACAGUUACCUAUGAGGUCAGAGCUGUGGGGUGGCAGCUCAGUCUCUUCCCCCAUCCACUAGUCAGGGAAGGGGCCAUUCAGCAUACCAGACUGGAGAACACUUCUCACACUUUCCUGUCAAGAGUCAGGCAGGUUCUGGAGAGACCUGAAAGCGAUGCUGCUCCUGCUUGUUCCUGGAUUCCACCACUGGAGCAGUGAGGGUCUGGAUAAGCAUGCAGCUCUGUGCAGUGCACCAGGAAGCUGCUCAGGGAUAUUAGGUGGUGAAUGUGUAAAAGCUCUGGAAGUGGGGUUGGGCAGAAGUUUGGGAAAGCUUGGAAACAUCUGAUGCACUUGAGACUCCUAGCUCAAGCUUUUCUCUGGUCACCUAGAGACAAGUUUAUAGCUUUGAAGUAUGGCACAGGCCCCAGAGCUCAUGACUCCCAAAGGAUAGGGAUGGGGGAGUAGGUUCAGAGCCCUUGAAUCCAGAUGUCUCCAAAAAUGAUUUCAAUCAAAAAUUUGAAUUCUGGAGCCAGGGAUUUAGCUCAAGUGACGUAAGUAACCGUCUGGCAAAGGAAAGGUUGUGAGUUCAAUCCCUGGUACCAUAAAAAAAAAAAAAAAAAAAAGAAUUCUGGACUGGAGAUGUAGCUUUGUGGUAGAGCACAUGAGGUCCUGAGCACCCUCAAAAACAAAAAAGGAGAGGAUCUGGAUUCCAAAAUUCACAGUUGUAUCUCAGGGAGCCAAACCCAACUGUAAGAUGUGCCUCCAUCGGAGGCUGUAGGUUAAGGCAUGUUUGACCAUGGAGAGAGAAUGGAGAAAUUGGGCAGAGCCCUCUGAAAGGGGCAGAGCAGGGGGGCAAGUUGAGCAGAAAGGCUCGGAGGACAUGGUCCUUCUCUGCAUGGGGCGGCAUCUAGAAGACUUUUAGGAGAGAGAGUGUUCUGGCUUUGGGAGAAGGGAGAAUAGCACAGGAUGUCUUCACUGCAGGAAGAUGGCAGUGCAGGGAGAGAACCUUGAGCUUUUCCUGGGAAAGGACAGCUCUUCUCUAAAACAAGGGAAACAGCACCUGUGGUGGCUUCCCUGCUACUCCAGAUGGAACCAGCUGUGAAGAGGAAGCACAGCUAGUCACCCUCCAGAGACUUUGGGAUCAUGAUAAGCUGCUUGUAUCUUUUCCUGGCUCUGAGCCUUCGCGGAUGCUCUUCUCAUCUCCAACCAUCAGCUAAGACUGCUCUUCAAAGGUCUUCUUUACGGUUGGCUCUCAGGAACCUAGACCUAGGGCCAGAGGAGGUGAGCAAAAAGAGGACAGGAGAGUAGGUAGGAACCAGCAGGGACUAGAUAGCUUUAUCUAAACCUCAAAAUGGGAGGCCUAAAAUGGCAGAGGCCUCUGUCCCAGGCCCAUUUCACAUGGCUCAGAAAAAACAGAGACCAGACACAAGAAAGCCAUGUGUUUUGAUUAUAGUCAGCACAAUAGAGUGGAACGAGCACUAGCUAUUGAAUCUAACAGAAUCUGAACCCUAGGCCUACCAUCUGUCAGCUGAAUGACUGGCCAAUUUUAAUCUCUAAAGCCUCAGUCUCCUUAUUUGCAAAGUGGCCUCUACCUUGAAGAAUUGUAGAGAAAAUGAAAAUUUGCAAAAUAUACCUGGCAUGCAGUAGACACUCUAGUGUGUCACCUGACGCACAGAAGGCACUCAGAGAAUAUCUGUUGAAUAAACAAGUGGCUAUUUGGUGUGA